AUGGCAGACGCGAUUCAAGAGCAGAAGUACGAGGCCGAGCACGCUGAGAAGCGUCGCGCUCUCCAGCCUGACGAGCUGCCGCUCCCGCAAGAGUUGGAACACCUUGGUGGCGACGAGCUGAGGCUACUGGAUAUGAGCUUGACGCGGCGGCUGGACUUGACCCUCAUGCCCACCGUCUUCAUUCUGUUCCUGUUGAAUAUUCUGGACAGAAAUAACAUCGCCAGUGCCAAGAUCGCAGGAAUCACAGAUACCCUGAAUAUGACCAACAACGAGUACAAUACUUGCCUUCUCAUGUUCUACGUUGGAUACUGCAUUACCCAAGUUCCCUCAAACCUCAUCAUUGGAAAGGUCCGGCCAUCACUUUACAUCUGUCUCAUCACGUCGCUUUGGGGCAUUCUGUCUAUGAGCCAAGGAUUCGUGAAGAAUUUCUCGGAGCUCGCUGCCGUUCGUUUCAUUCUGGGACUGGUAGAGGCGCCCUUCCUUCCGGCUGUGUUCGUCCUGAUGUCGUGCUGGUACACUCGUAAAGAGCUGCCGCCGAGGAUUGCGAUUCUGUAUGGUGGCAACAUGGUCGCGACUGCUUUCUCUGGACUCAUUGCGGCUGGGAUUAUCUCGAGAAUGGAAUGCAAAGCAGGAAAGCCCGCAUGGGAAUGGCUGUUCAUCAUUGAGGGCGCCAUGACAGUGGUCAUUGCGCUGUUGCUUCUCCCUCUCCUCACAGAUUACCCCCUGCAGAGCAAACAUCUCUUCAUCUCUCACGACCAGCAGUUGUACGCCGAGUGGAGAAUUCGCAAGGAGAACGCAGGUAUCAUUGAUGAGGACCCAGAGUCCAUCUUCUGGGGUCUCAAGCAAGCACUUAUCGACCCCAAGCUUCAUUCAACAACUUCUUUCCUUAUCGUCGGAACCCUUGGCUAUGGUCGCACAACAACGCUUCUUCUCACUUCGCCGCCUUACUUCUUCGCCUUCAUCGUGUCUCUCUGCGUUUCUUUCCACGCUGCGCACAAGGAUGAGCGUGGAUACCAUAUCGCGAUCCCGAUGGUAUUUGCCCUCCUCGGCAACAUCUUGGCAAUGUUCGUCGACUCACUGGGUGGACGCUACUUCUCCAUGUUUCUCAUGACUGCUGGCUCAUAUGCACCCUACAACCUCUGCGUUAGCUGGCUAUCAGCGUCUCUCCCUCGUCCGCGGGCCAAGCGUGCUGCUGCACUUGCUAUCGUAAACUUCAUGGCUGCCGGUGUUGCACACUUCUACACCAGCUACAUGUUUCCCGAUAGCCAGAAGCCUCGAUACUACGCUGGCGGCGGAGUCAUGUCUGGUGCUUGCUUGGUUUGUGCAGGCACGGCGUUGUUUAUCAAGUACUAUUUGAAGAAGCAGAAUGCCAAGUUCGAGGAGGAAGAAAGGGCCGGCAAUGACGUCAUCGUCAAGUCAGACAGCAUGGGUAUCAGAGGUCUUUCAAGCAAGCUCAUCUUGGCUCUUGGCGCGAGCUCGGCAGCAGCAUCUUCUGUCCUGCCCCGCCAGUCCAACAGCUCGAGCCCCGACAUCAGCCCGUACUUUCAGUCCAUCUCCGACUAUGUCGACUCCAUUGUCGAUGAGUUGUGGCCGAUCAACCAGGAGAUCCACGACAAUCCGGAGCUUGGAUAUGAGGAGGUGGAAGCGCAUAAACUCCUGACCGAUUUCAUGGAGGCUCAUGAGGGAUGGAACGUGACCAGGUCCAUCUACAACAUCAGCACUGCCUUCGUAGCUGUCUUCGAGGGAAGCGGAGAUGGUCCUAUCGUGUCUUUCAAUGCCGAAUAUGAUGCUCUUCCUGGUCUCGGCCAUGCGUGCGGCCAUAACCUGAUCGCGACUGCAUCCGUCGGUGGUGCGCUUGCCACCGCUGAGAUCAUGCGUGCUGAGAGCCUCCCUGGAAAGGUCAUUCUGUUCGGAACGCCCGCUGAAGAGAGUCUCGGCGGCAAGGUCAAGCUUCACGAAGCCGGUGCCUUCGCUGAUCACAAUAUCGACAUUUCCCUCAUUACUCAUCCAACCAACGGCGGCGAUUCCCCUUACAUGAUCACCACUUCCACGGACCGUUUCGAAGUUGAGUACUACGGCAAGGAGGCUCAUGCCGCUGCCUCCCCUUGGGAGGGUAUCAACGCUCAAGACGCCCUCAUCGUUGCGAACAACGCCAUUGCUCUACUCCGUCAGCAGACGCGGUCCACCGACAAGAUCCACGGCAUCAUCAGCUCUGCCGGCUCUCGCAUCAAUGUCAUUCCCGCCCUUGCUGAAGCCUCCUUCCAGAUCCGCUCCGCAGACAACGUUGCUCUGGAGGAGUGGACCGAUCGCGUGAUGAAGUGCUUCGAGGCCGGCGCUCUGGCAACUGGCGCCGAGCUGAAUCUGACCAUGAGGCCGUACGGCUACGACAACAUGGUCAGCAACGACCUCUUGGCGAGCUCGUAUUCCAAGUACUUCACUGAGCUUGGCGGCGAGGUCCCUGACGCCGAAGUCGACAAGCUGCGUGAGCCCAGUGGAAGCACUGACCAGGGAAACCUGAGCCAUGACUUCCCUAGUAUCAGCCCGUUCUUCGGCAUCACCAACGAGAACGGAAGUGUACCUGAUGGCGGUCCCCACACUGCGGCUUUUGAGGUUGCUGCUGGUAGCAGAGCGGCGUUUGACAAGGCCAUCAUGGUUGCCAAGGGUAUUGCUGGUGUUGCUGUUGAUGUGCUGACUGUUGACGGUCUUUUGGACCAAAUUAAGGAGGAGUUUGAAGCUACGCAGGAGAAGCGCAGAAGACGUCGCGCUAUUUUCUAG